AUGGAAUUUUCUUGCCGCAACGAGGCGCGCCCUCUCGAAGCGGCGGCCAUCAUGAAAGAGAAGAGUAAGAAUGCCGCGCGCUCCCGGCGAGAGAAAGAGAACGCGGAAUUCCUAGAAUUAGCGAAACUGCUACCUCUUCCCUCAGCCAUAACUUCCCAAUUGGACAAAGCGUCCGUCAUCAGACUGACCACUAGCUACUUGAAGAUGCGGCAAGUGUUUCCGGAUGGACUAGGCGACGCUUGGGGUGCUGCCCCUCCUCCGCCGCAGCCCCGGGAGCUGGCCAUUAGAGAACUAGGAUCCCAUCUAUUACAGACCCUCGAAGGAUUCAUCUUCGUAGUAGCACCAGACGGCAAAAUCAUGUACAUCAGCGAAACAGCCUCAGUACACUUGGGACUUAGUCAGGUGGAAUUAACUGGCAACUCUAUUUACGAAUACAUUCACCAAUCUGACCACGAGGAAAUGAACGCGGUACUCAGCUUGCAACAUCCACACUCAUAUCUAGGACACCAGUACUCAUCCCUUGGGUGAGUGUUUUUUCGUAAUGCCUUCAAAACUCAACUAAUAUGGUGGCUCGUGAUGACCGUUACUUUAAUACUUAUAGCCAAUCUCGUUUUGAUAACCAUAAAGCGUAAAGUACAUUAAUUACCAGUGGCGUAAUUAUACCUUUUGUGGCCCGUGGCAAAUUCAUCGGAUAUUUUUUUUACUAAUUGUGUAAUAGUAAAAGUCAGGAGUAAAGAGUCUUCUCUGACCGGGAGCCCCUUCUGUGGUUACGCCACAUUUGUUCAUUACGUGUUCGUAUCAAGCUACUUGAAUCAUUCUGCUUGGUUCGGCGAAGGAUCAGCUCCGUUAGGACUAGUCGCCGUGGGUCAUUCAUUACCGCCAUCUGCCGUCACCGAACUGAAACUGCACUCCAACAUGUUCAUGUUCCGAGCAUCGCUGGACAUGAGACUCAUAUUCUUAGAUGCGAGCGACAUUGAAGAAAAACAUCUUGUUUUAAACAUAGACCAAGGACCACCGAAAAUAAACCACGACGUGCCGACACCAUUAGCGCCCAACACAUCACCACAAGUACCAAUUAGACAGACAGAUAUCAAAUUGAACCACAUACAUUUGAACGAAAGCGAUUUCAGUGGCGACUCGAGCGGCGGCUACCCUUAUCCAGAAUACAACCUCCCAGUGUUGCCAUCUUACGAACAAGAGGACUACCAUCAACAACAAAACGGUUCCUAUCCCGAAUUAUUCUACGAAAACUACCACGAACCGGAGAUUCUACCGAACAAUUUCGUCAACUAUCCACAAAAUCAACGACCUUACUCAGCUAGUUCGUCAUCUUGCAGUUCAAUAGAGAGUUCAGAGGUUGCAAAUCCACAGUACAAUUAUACGAAUCUAAUCUCCUUUUACGGGCACAAUCAGAAUCAAAAUGGCCGACCGAUCGAUGGCAAUUUUGGCGGGAACUAUGGUAAAAUUACCCCAAGUCCGUCGGUCCAAGAAGGCGCGUACACUAGUGUUAUAGUAGACAAUACGCAGCAGUUUCACCACCACGGAGGUGGAGUAAACGAGUUUGUGCAUUGA